GCAGUUGUUUGCUCGGGACCCGGGACCUUGCGAGGACGGACCCGAGGGAAGGGGACGAGAAUGUAUAUUAAUACAGAAAGAAGGCAAGUCGUGACCCGACAAGCAGUCUCACCCAACGUCGUGGCACACGGGACCCGGGUGAGUGUUGGAUCAGAGCUCGUGCAUACACUUGCCGCAGGCUCGGGGUAUCAGGAGGAGAGGAGAGAGACGGGAAUAGAACCAUGAAUCAAUGCUGACCGGGAGCUGGGCCCUCUGGAAGGGAGCCCGGCACGACCAGAACUUUAGGAAGACAGAAGCGGGAACGACUCCGUUCUACCUGCUGAUACGUGUGGGUUGCAUGGGUUGGCUCGUCGACCCAAAGUGCAAAGUGGGAAGCCCCAAGACCCUGAUGCAAUUCAUUGCAACUCACGGUGACUCGAGAAGGUCCACCCAGACGAGGGAUGAUAUGGGCAGCGGGUCUUUCUUUCCACACCCACGGUGCUGGGACUCGCAGCACCGGCUGAGUGGUUUGGCAGCCCACUUGGGCCGCGGCAGAUGGCGCACAGAGAGAGAGGGGGGAGAAGAGAGGGAUUCAACAAGGGUCGAGACUCGAGGAGGCACAAGGGGCCCAUUCCCGCGUCUGCCGCUGUACGCACUGUGGACGAUGUAUGGCUUGCUGAGGAUGGCUUCGAUCUACAGCCAACACGAACACGCGAUCCAGCCAGGUUGCCCGGAAGUCUCAUCCGCUGAAGCCGCUGGGCCUCCCCUUGUCAAGCUGCCAGUAGGACAAUGCCAGGCUUUUCAAGCGAAAGUCAAGUCACUACUUGCUUGCCUCGUAAGGUGUGACAACCUGUCAAAAGUCGUCGACUGAUGUGUACUUGUCGACUGAUAACCAUGGGCCAUGCGUCCUAUAGGCUCUCUCGUCCAGGCCCAGACUCGCAAGGGCUGCCACAACAGGGGGAUUCUGAAUCGUUCAAUCGCCGAUGGAGAGGCCCACGCCUCAGGCAGCCCAGCGUCAAAAGGACUGAACAGCAUGUCGCCGUGAUUGAUUGGAACACCAAUCAUGGGUUGAGCAGCAAUGAAGAGAAAGCCUUGCGCUUGUGAUCCAGCCUGACCCUGACUCUUGAGCGGUUGAGCCACGAGUUGUGUUUCUUGUUAGUUGUCUUGUUGGUCAA